UACCAAGGCUUUCGAGAGAGAAAAAUGGGGGAUGGAGAAGGAAGAAAGAGAGAAAAGAUGUCAUGUUCUAGUGCUCACAUAUCCUAGCCAAGGCCAUAUAAAUCCUCUACUCCAAUUCGCCAAACGCUUACUGUCUAAAGGAGUAAAGGCAACUCUAGUCACUACCCAUUACGCUGCCAGGUCCAUUUGUGCCCAAGGUGUGGGAGUUGAGACAAUCUCCGAUGGCUUUGAUGAUGGUGGCUUCACGCAAGCUCCCAGUGCUGAAGCCUACGUUGAGUCAUUCAGAACAGUUGGUUCUAGGACUCUAGGGGAACUCGUAUUGAAGCUCCAAGAGAUGGGUUCUCCUGUUGGCUGCAUUGUAUAUGACUCGUUCCUACCAUGGGCACUUGAUGUGGCCAGAGAAAGAGGCAUUUUUGGAGCUUCAUUCUUCACUAACUCGGCCUCAGUUUGCUCUAUAUACUGGCGUGUCCACCGUGGGCUCAUGGCUUUGCCUGACCUAACAGGAGCAGUGCCAGUGUCAAUUCCUGGCCUUCCUCCACUUGGGUCUUCUGAGCUUCCGAGCUUCCUUGCAGCACCGACAUCUUAUCCAGCUUAUUUGUCUGCUAUCUUUGAUCAACUUACAAACUUGGACAAAAAUGACUGGGCAUUCGGUAACACAUUUGAAGAGUUGGAAAGUGAGGUGGCCAAAGCCAUGACAGGACUCUGGCCAGUGACGAUGUUAGGGCCAAUGGUACCAUCAGCUUACAUAGACAAACGGAUCAAAGAAGAUACAGGGUAUGGAGGCAGUCUCUGGAAGCCAAACAGUGACGAGUACAUGAAAUGGUUGGGGAGGAGAGCACCCAAUUCAGUAGUGUAUGUGUCUUUUGGAAGCAUGGCAGGAGUCAUAGCAGAGCAGAUGGAAGAAGUGGCAUGGGGAUUAAGAGAGAGUGAUCAGCAUUUCCUGUGGGUUGUGAAGGAGUUGGAGCAAGGAAAAUUGCCAGAUGGGUUUGUGAAAUCCAUACAGGAAAUUGGACUAAUUGUGAACUGGUGUGACCAACUUGAGGUUUUAUCCCACCAGGCUGUGGGUUGCUUUGUAACACAUUGUGGCUGGAAUUCCACAUUGGAAGGGUUAAGCCUACGCGUGCCAAUGGUGGGAGUGCCACAGUGGUCGGAUCAGCCAACGAAUGCCAAGUGUGUGGAGGAUGUGUGGGGGGUAGGAGUUAGAGCUAAAUCUGAUGAUAAGGGUAUAGUGAGAAGGGAAGAACUUAAGACAUGUAUAAGGGAAGUAAUGGAAGGAGAGAGAAGCCUAGUGAUUAAGAGGAAUGCCAUUAAAUGGAGAGAGUUAGCAAAGGAAGCAAUUAAUGAAGGUGGGAGUUCUGACAAGAAAAUUGAUGAAUUUGUGGAGAGAUUAUUGAAUGUUAAGUCUAAUUGACUGAUGCUUACAUUGUGUUUGUUUCCUUUAGUGUCUCCUGUAAGUUGUGAUAUUAAGCCUGU